AUGGGGGGUCGCGGUCGUGGUGGUGGUGGGUCGUCGCAAGUUUUACAAUUUGCCAGCCCCUCGACCUCCUCACGCGGAACAAGUGCAACCAGCAGUAGCAGCGACUUUCAAACCAGAGGGCGGCAGCCUUGGCCGGUCCGACCUCUAGCAGGAGCAUAUGGACGAGGAGGCCAACAGCAACAUCCCGCGGGGGUAGAUGCUGUGUUCCCGAACUCAUUUCAUAACGUCUUCGGCCGCCCUCUUCAACAAUGGGGUCAACGUCCGCCUCCGCAGCCACAGCCUGAACCUGAGCCAUCCUGGUGGGAUGCGCGAAGGCUGGAGGCGGGGGGACCAGUACUGUCAGACGUAGCACAUCACGCAAAUGUGGUCCACCCCCGCAUAGCAGCUGGGACCGCGGAUGGUACGACGCCUCGAGCGCACCAGCAAAGCGAUUCCACUCCGGGGUCUGGGUCUGCAGCAAGUAGAAGUGAAACGAUAGUAGUAGACGACGCUGGUAGUUCAUCGUCCGCCCAGCGCACGGGCACAGCGUCUCCUACUGCUGGAACGACAAAUCCAUUAAUCGAGCCGACCGUAGCCAAUACAGGAACGGGGCACUACGGUGCGGGAGCUGCAAUCCCUGGACGACAGCAACAGCAGGAAGUGCGGCAUGGAAAAAUGAAUGACCAACUGCCAGAGCUGUUUACGGUUGAAAUUAAGGCAAAGCUCCUUGGGCAGGAAGAAUUAUUUCACAAGUCCUCGUCAUCGGCUUGGCCUUCGGUCUCGUCUCGGGAUGAAGAUAGCGCGGACGAUGAUCUUGAUGAUCAAUACUACGGACCCUGUGGAACUACGGCUCUAACCUUCGAAAUAAAUCUUCUGCCGGCUUUCACACCAAUUUGGCAAUUUAUGCGGUUAGUGCAGCUGAAACUGGCUGAGGAGUGCGCAAGGCAAGAAAGCAGGCGACAGGAGAUGGACUUUGGCUGGGAUGUUACCCAGGCGGCGCCGCUUGAAGAGGAUCAAGGCGACAUCGAAGAAAUCGACUACGCCACGACGCACGCGAUCUUUACAAAAAUGCGCAUGAGCUGGCCCGAAACCGAGUUCUGGAAGGUUUUGGAAAAAGAGGCGUUCGUUUUGUCAUCGUCGCCAUCUGCUCCCGCCAACGCUCCCCGAAACGUCGGCCGCAGCACAGCGACUACGAAGGAUCCUGCUUUUGUUCCUACUUCCUGGGAGAACGGAGUUCCCUAUGUGUACGACCUUCCAAUUUUGGCCCUUUUCGCUGCACCGGAGAGAAAAGGAACAGAUACAGAGCCCAGUACAGAAAAUCGUCCCGAAACAAUCAGGCCGGAACCGCAUCAGAAGCGCAGAUUCUGUUUGUCUUUUGAAAUUGUGGAAAAGAUCAUAGAUGCCCAGCACGAACAGGAAAGAGCAGGGCUCAUGUUAGAUACGCGCUAUCUCCUGGCAAUGCCAGCAUUGAUAGCUGGCACUUCUAGUGAAGCGGAGCUGUCAUCGUCCACAGAAGAACCACCGGCGACAGCAGAUAUUGUCGCACGCAGGG